CGGGAACGUCCGUCCUGGUAGGAAAACGCGACAAAGCGAAGAGAGGCGGAAGCUCGACCGCGAUCAUCGUCAGAGGAGCUUUGGGUUGUAUUAAAAGAUCAGCCUGUGCAAGUCGUGUAUCCACCGCAUUGGCAGUUUUGUUGGUCGUCUUUCGGCUUCAAAAGCGAUUCACCCACUUAUUUGCUGAAUUUCGCGGCCUUUUUCAUCCUCUCGUUCCCACCCUUCCAUUGACCGCAUUAAAGAUAAUAGUUACUUGUCCGCAAAUCCGAGCGCCCUGGAAAGAUUAGGAAGGGACAUGUUCCUGUCCACAUAAAUGGCCAACAUGUCCCCUCUCAGAGGUUAUAUUACGUCCUAUCCUCCGCGAAUCCGCCAAUAUGGAAACGCGCUUCUUACACCCGUCAUCCCUCCGAGCCAAACCGGCCCUACACCGCGAACGACGAAGCGAGGAACAGCGGCGAUAAAUUAUGCCGAAGAUGGGUUCGACGACGACGAUUUCGAGGACAGUGAAGGUCCCCGGCGACCCACUGGUCUGAGGAGUCUGCGGCGGGAAGAGUCGACUUUUGACAAGGUUCCUCUGGCCGAGAAGUUGGGGAAAGAAGUACACGCUCCUGUUGAGGUUCAAGGGGUCUUUCGCGAUUGGAUGAUCAAGAGGAUGUUACGGCCUGUUUGUGCCGACCAACUGCAAAUCCAGGCGCAGCUUCCUCUUACGCUGAUUCCCAUUCGCAUUGAUUUAGAAGUGCCGGCGCAUCAACCUCUAGAACCCUUCCCGUUACCACGAACUGUUUUGGAUCCCGGGAUCAAUCCUACUCUUCCCGGGUAUAGAAGACCCGAGCCGCUACCUGCUUAUAGAAUCAAGGAUACAUUUCUUUGGAACCUUCACGAAGCACUGGCGACCCCUGAAGAAUUCGCUACUGGCUUUGUUCGUGACUUGGAUCUGCCGAAUCCCCAGGCCUUGACGAUGGCAAUCAGCAAUCAGAUCCGUCAACAAUUAGAAGAGUAUGCCGGUGUUGCGCUGCACCCACUAUUUCAAAGUACAGUGCCAAAGCCCGCCUCAACUUCCCAAGCUGGUGUAUCACGCGAUGUAUCUGCGACUCCGGCUCCUACCCAUGCCGCGACGCCUGAUAGCCGGUUCAACACGGUGACGGUAACCAAAGAGCCAUUUGUCAGCGACAGUAUCUUAAAUCCUGAUGAUGCAUAUCGAUGCAUGAUUAAUCUCAACAUUAACUUGCAAAAUAAAUUAUACACUGACAAGUUCGAGUGGUCUCUGCUGCAUCCUCCGGGUAUGGCCGAGGAGUUCGCCAAAAUCACUUGUGCUGACUUAGGUCUUGGUGGAGAAUGGGUCGGAGCUAUUGCACACGGUAUUUAUGAAGCCGUUUUGAAGUUGAAGAAAGAAGUCUGUGAAAGUGGUGGCUUGGUCAGUGGUAUAGGCGGCUACGGGAACGAGAUAGAUAACCAAGCGGCCAAUGGCGCUGAAGCCGGCUGGCGAUAUGACCCGGAGGGACUCGGUGAUGAAUGGGAACCCAAGGUAGAGACACUGUCAAAAGAGGAAAUUGAGAAGCGCGAAGGUGAUCGCGAGCGGCAGAUUCGGCGUCUACGACGAGAAACUGCCAGAUUCUCGUCCACUGCAGGCAUUACUCCAGACAUCUCACGACAAGGUAGUGGUGGUUAUUUUGACGUUGACAGCGAAACCCCUCUGGGCAGGGGUGAAAGGAGCAAACGAAAGAGGCGAUUCCGCAGCCUUAGCCCACUGGGACGAGGAGGUACACCUGGUGGACGUGGAACUCCAGAUACCUCUUCUGGUGCUGGAUACGGCGGUGGUGGCGGUACAUUGUCUGAUUGGGAGCGACAAAAUUGGCGGUGCAGCAACUGCAUGGUAUGGGGUACCGCCGUCUGGGCUGUUCGGGAUGGCCCUACCGGUCCAAGGACUCUUUGUCACAAUUGUGGUCUUCUAUACGAACGCGAUAAAGUCGCACCGGAAUGGUCUAGAGAUCUACACCGUCAUGAUAUACCGGUUGGGCGAGCGUAGUCUCAACAGGUGGGCAUGCUUGCUUCAUCUUUUGCUGCUAGCCUAUUCAUAUGGCAUCGUCAAUAAAUUCAAUGCAAAGGAUCCUUGCGAGAUUGACACUCACUUUUUGUGAAACCCAGACCGCAUCUAAAUUUCUUCAGUAUUGGAAACAGUCCCUGUACUUUUUAAAACUUUGGCCAUGAUAUCUUUAAUGAACCCUUCACAAUUAGGAUUCGGCGUCUUUGAUGUGAUUCAUGUCUUUUUUUAAACUGUUUUCUUUUCUCUCCUUAUUACCCUCUGCAUCUUUUCUUGCAGAUUUGCGUGUGUUCUAAUGAUUGAAGUCUUUGCGUUGCCCUAUCUACUUCGAUCUUGCUCGUAUCCCUUUUUUCAGAUUGAUAUCCAUUCUGGGUCGUUGUAUUACCAACAUGUAUAACCGGUGGGCGGAUCUCUUUUUCUUCUUCUUCUUCUCCUUCUUCUUCUUCUUCUCCUUCUUCUUCUUCUUCUUCUUCUCCUUCUUCUUCUUCUU